GCGACUAUCAUCUUUUAAAGUUAGUUUGAAACUACUACAUGUACUUCCUGUGACUUGUUUGUUCUCAUUUGUGCCUUUGCUUUUUGUUCAGGCAUAGAAAGUAGUGUUUAAACUUUUCCAUACCAGCAUAGAGAUGUGACUGAAUUGCUUAAUCUCAUGGUGAAAUGUAGCAGUCUGGUGUGUCUUUGUGGUGCUGUGGUCAACAGACUAUGAGCCCUUUGUCAAAUUGUCUCUCUCUCUCACACACACACACACACACACACACACACACACACACACACUGAAGGUCUUUCUCUCUCACAGCUGUGUGUCACUGCUCACUGGCUCACACUGUAAACCAGCUAAACAAGCUGACAUGGCACUUAUGAAUCCCCAAGUAAAGCCUCGGGUGGAGAAGCUGCAGGAUGUUGCCAGUAAAAUCUAAAUGCCAGUUAAAAAUAACUUAUUUCUCAGUGAGGGAACACAGCAGCAGCUACCCAGUGGCAUGGCAACAUCAGAGGACAGCGUGAGCUCCUGGAGCUGUAAGCAGGUGGCCCGGUGGCUGCAGGUGGAAGGUUUCGGGGAGUAUGUGGAGUUAUUGUGCGAGCAGCACCGCCUGGACGGCCCCAGCCUGCUGGCUCUGACUGAGGCCGACCUGCGCGGGCCUCCGCUGGGCCUCUCUGUGCUUGGAGACAUCAAGAGGCUGAUCAUAGCCCUCUGUCGGCUCCAGAGACAGAACCAGACCCAGCUGGAGGAGCUGGGUCUCCCCGCUGGGCUCUCGCUGGGGGCCACAGGGGGCGAGUGGAGCUGUGACGGAGACGACAGGAGGUACAACGGAGGUAAUCGCUUGAGUAAUGGGACUGAGCUGAGGUUGAGGAACGGCGACAGAUCUGGAUACGAUUCUGUGUGUCAUACACACUCCAACGGGAGGUAUAGGCGGCACCUGGCUGGCAGAUUGGACCCAGAGGUGUGGAAGACAAUCAUCAGUUCCAUAUAUGUCUUUUUUGUGUUUGGAUUCACUUCUUUUGUCAUGGUCAUCGUACAUGAGCGUGUCCCGGACAUGAGGACGUACCCACCGCUGCCUGAUAUAUUUCUGGACAGUGUUCCCAGAAUCCCUUGGGCUUUUGCAAUGGCUGAAGCCUGUGGCCUCAUCCUGUGUUACAUGUGUCUGCUGGUCCUGCUCCUCCACAAACACAGGUCCAUUAUCUUCAGACGGUUGUGCUCUUUGAUGGGAACUGUGUUUUUGCUUCGUUGUUGCACCAUGUUUGUCACCUCGCUCUCUGUUCCUGGGCAGCACCUGAAGUGUGCCAGCAAGACGUACGGUGAUUCCUGGGGAAAGAUCCAGAGGGCGCUGCUGAUCUGGAGUGGAGGUGGGAUGACGCUGACGGGUGUCCAAACGUGUGGAGACUACAUGUUCAGUGGACACACUGUUGUCAUCACAUUGCUCAACUUUUUUGUGACUGAAUACACUCCACGAACCUGGAAUCUGAUUCACACCAUCUCCUGGGUGUUAAACCUGUUUGGGAUUUUCUUCAUCCUGGCGGCUCACGAGCACUACUCCAUCGACGUGUUCAUCGCCUUCUACAUCACCACUCGCCUCUUCCUCUACUACCACACAUUAGCCAACACUCGGGCCUUCCAGCAGAGCCGGAGGGCGCGCAUUUGGUUCCCCAUGUUCUCCUUCUUUGAGUGCAAUGUGAACGGACCGGUCCCCAACCAGUAUCACUGGCCCUUCAACAAACCUGCCUUCAUGAAAUCUCUGAUUGGAUAGAGGAAGCUGCAAUGUACAUGGACUGUACUGUGAAUCAGUGUAUUUCCCAAAAUGUUGAACAAUUCCUUUGAAUUCAAUUUUACAGUUCCACCAUCAGAAACAAGAAAUGGGGUUUGUUAUGGGGCACAGGUGCGGAUCAUUUUCUUGUAGAUUUAUUUGCCUUUGAUUAAUAAUUUCCAUUGUUCAUGUUCCACUUUGGAGGUGUUUAAGUUUCCCUGGUUUGGGUUGUUAGUCUCCCUCAACAUCUGCAGUAGAAAACUGAUACGGCUUCACACAGUUGCAAUGAAGUUUGAUGCUGUAGUUUUGCUGCAAAGAGAUUCAACACCUGGUUGAGUAACUACUAACAAAACAGGAAGUUAUUUCUUUUGAUGUGCAAGUGGAAAAGCACUUCCUGUUCUCUGCUGAAAGAGCUCUGUUUUAUUCACUCUUUCUUUCUUUCAUUUGCACUUUAUAAGGUGAACUCUACAGCUUUGUUGUGUUUGAUGUCAUCACCAUUGGGAUAGUGUAGCUCCCUACAUGUACUCAAACAAAUAUCAAAACACUUAUUGUCAUGUUCACUUUUGUCAUUCAGCCCUUAGUAUAACUAUGUUUUUAUCCUAAUUUGAUGCUGUGUUGUUUUUUUUACUAAUCGUUAAAUAUAAAAUGAGUAAAGAAAUGUGUAGAGAUGGAUUUUGUUGAAGCUUUGUUGUCCACAGUUUUCCUCUGUUGCACAGUAUAAACUGGCUUUUUGGAUAACAAAAGUUCCAAAGUAUAUUGUUUACUACGGUAUGGUUGCUCCAAACUAAAUCUUUUUAAUAAUUGUUUACAAUGCGUGGCUUUAUUUGCAAUGCAAGUGACUUAUGGAUGCCUUUUGGCUCAGCAGUAAAGGUUUACAGAUAAGUUUACAGACUGUUUUUAUAUUUGAGACUGUUUUCUUGGUUGCUUUUUCAAUAAUGUAAUUAUUUUUGCAUUUGUUGAAUAAAGUCAAUUAAAAAUAUUA